AUGACCCAGCUGCUCGAAGAGGGCGUGGCGCAUCCACAGGAGGUCUGCUUUCGUUUACCGCGCCGCGCGGCACGUGCGGCCCUGGUCAUUGGCAUCUUUUUCGGGGCCCUUUUUGCUCUGCAGUGGCAGAGGGAGCUGCAGGAGGCAACGGCUCCUGCGGAGGAUUGGUCACUGAGGCCCGGGGUUCGUGAUCAAAAGGACUUGGGGGGAUGUGAGCUCGGUGUGGAUGACAGGUGA